AGAUAUAUUAUCGUUACCUCUGCAAGUGUUUGCUAUGAAUAAGCUCAUUCAAGCUUUUCGCUCUGCACCAAUCCGUAUUAACUUAUCAAAAGUUUCUACCCCGUUAACCUACUAUUCUACAAAGGAGUCUUCCGGUAAAGGUGGCCUUAAAAAACCUACUACACCUGUUGGAAGGUUUGAUGACCCAGUAGAAACUAAAGAGGGAAAACUAGAGCCUCAAACUCCUCAACCUACAGAAGACGAUCCCUACGCACCCUUUCCAGGAGGAAAAAAUCCCGUAACAGGUGAAAUUGGUGGACCUAGGGGACCCGAACCAACAAGAUACGGAGACUGGGAAAGGAAAGAUACACGCUUGUCAUGGCUUGAAUAUCUGAAAAAUUUAAAAACAGCAUUACUACCAGUUGAAUUGGAUCAGACUAUUUCUUUUUCAAAGGAAUGCGAAGGGUCGCCUUUGAAUGCCAUCAAUGAUUUCAUCUUUAAUUUUCCUUCAUCAGUUAACGUCACCGGAAUUCGAAAUCAGCUAGAAUUGAUAUCAUCUGAGGGAUCUGCCGAGUUAAGUAAGACGAGUUCCCAAAAUGCUUUAAGAAUAUCUUUAAAGAUUAAUCAUCGUCAGUCCACACCAAGUGUUGUAAAAUUAACAUUGAAAUGGAGAAAUGAAAUUAGACUACGAAAUCAAAGGGGAGACAAACAUUCAUUCGACGCUUUAAUUGAGCAACUAUAUCCAAAUAUUGAGGUAAUAGGAAAUUCUUUUAGCAUUAAACCUUCUACACGAUUUACUGCAAGCGUUGUUCUACCAAGGCACAUGUCAAAUAUCCGUGCAACUGCCGUACCUAUUUCUAAUGGGAAUGAAUGGAAAAAAUAUCCUGUAGCAUCUAGGAAAAAGAAUGCCACAAUAUUUAUAGUUAACUACGAAAUGUCGGAUGCAACAAAAUUAGCAGAUAUUCAACUGAAAGAAUUUUAUAUUAAAAUGUCUGUUAUAUUCGACAUGAGCGGAGUUCUUAAUUAUCGAAAAGUAACGGGCUAUUGUAAGGAUUUGAUUGAUACUCCUUAUUAUAAUUUUAUCUGGAUAAUUAUAUUGUUUAUUGGCAUCUACGUAUUUUUGAAUUUCUUCUUUAGUCUUGAUGCAGUUUUUAUAACAAAAGAAAUGUAUUUUUUCCACUGGGUAAUGUGGGGCUUUAAAGCAAUUAUACUAAUCGUCAAUUUAUUACUACUUAUAGCAAACUAUAAUAAUGCUAAGAUAGGAGCUUGUCAUGCUCUGUUCGGCGGAAUAACUUAUCCCUUUUUAGCUUAUUCGUUUUGGGCUCAUGUAACGCCUGUCUUCUUUUUAGUUGUAUUUGGUUCGACGCUUUUUAGUAUUGUGGGUAAUCAAAAAUUGGAUUUAGUUGAACAGGCUGUAUUUAAUUUGGAAGCUGGAAAAGCCAGAACACCUAAAGCACAGCAAGCUACUAAUUACAUAAAAAUUCUUAUUUCUCGAAUUUUUUGCACUUGUUUAUUUAUAGGUUUAGCUAUUUUGAACUUUAAAGUUUUCAUUGUUGAUGCUGAUAUUGUUAAUUUUGCACGUGCUUGUUCCGUAACGUUUUUAUCUAUGUUUCUAUCGUAUUUCCUUAGGCCUUUAUAUAUAUUCGAUUAUAAAGUUUUUACCCAUGCAAGAUCUAUUCUGGGUAUUUUUGGUGGAUUUUUUGUUGGAUGUAUCUAUAGAUUUAUGUAUUGA